AUGUCAACCAGUCCGGAAUCAAACACCCUCAAAAAGGUCUCGAGCAUCGACAAUGCUCAUGGCGAGCACGUCGAGGACUUCAUCGACACGGUCGAGAUCAGCCUCAACCCCGCCGAGGAUGUCUCGUACGGCCGCGGCGGUGUCCGCGGCCUCUUUGACUCCCCCUUUGUUGGUGGCGCCGCCCUCCUGGCGUCCUUGGGAGGGUUUUCUUUUGGCUAUGAUCAAGGCGUCAUCUCCAUCAUCAAUGUGAUGGAGCAAUUCCAUGCUGUCUUCCCCGACGCGGCCACGCCCUUCGGUAAGGGCUUCAUGACGGGCAUGCUUGAGUUUGGUGCUUUUCUCGGCUGCCUUUUCAUGCCGACCCUCGCCGAUAAGAUCUCACGAAAGCGGGCGUUGACUGUUGUCGUGGUGAUUUUCAACAUCGGUGCUAUUAUGCAGACUGCGGCCCGGUCUUAUGGAGUGUUAGUUGCCGGCCGCACUAUCGGCGGUAUUGGAGUGGGAACGUUGGCAAUGGGAUCGCCAAUCUACAUCUCCGAAAUUGCCCCGCCGAAUCUGCGAGGCACUCUCCUCGUCCUCGAAUCCAUCUCCAUCGUUACCGGCGUCGUUAUCAGCUUCUUCAUCACGUACGGCACUCGUCACAUGACCGGAGAGGUAUCUUUCCGUCUUCCCCUCGGUCUGCAGAUGGUCUGCUCAACCCUGCUUGGCAUUGGCAUCAACUUCUACCCCUAUUCCCCGCGUUGGCUCGCCCUAGUCAACCGACCACAGGAAGCACUACAGUCGCUCAGCCGCCUCCGCCGCCUUCCUGCAGAUGACCACCGCGUCCAGGCCGAGCACAGAGGUAUUGUUUCUGAAGUAGAGGUCCAGAAGAUCGUACAGGAGCGCAACCAUCCCGGGAAGAGCUUCAUCGGCCUCGAAUUCGCCGGCUGGUGCGAUCUCUUCAGCAAGAAGCUCUGGCGCCGCACCGCAGUCGCGCUCGGGAUCGCUUUCUUCCAACAAUUCAGUGGUAUCAAUGCGUUCAUUUACUACGCUCCUACGCUGUUUCAAUCCCUGGGACAGUCCGAGGAGAUGUCCCUCAUCAUGUCCGGCGUCUUCAACAUCCUACAGCUCGUUGCGGUGGCGGCAUGCUUCUUCAUCAUCGAUAAAGUGGGCCGCCGGCCGCUCGCAAUCUUCGGAGGAAUCGGAGGCGGUACGGCCUGGGCCAUUAUGGCUAUCCUCACGGGGGUCUACUCCAAAGACUGGGCCGCGAACCCCGGGGCCGGUUGGGGAGCGGUUGCCAUGGCCUUCCUCUUCGUUCUGCUCUACGGCAUCUCCUACUCUCCCCUGGGCUGGAUUCUCGCCGCGGAGGUCUACCCGAACUCCCACCGAUCAAAGGGUGUUGCCCUAGGCACUGCCACCGUCUGGUUGUGCAACUUUAUUGUCGGUGUGGCGACGCCGCCUAUGAUUGACCAACUUGGCUUCGGCACCUACGUCUUCUUCGGCGCUUGGUGCUUCCUCGCUUCCGUGUGGGCCUUCUACUUGGUCCCGGAGACUAAGGGAAAGACUCUGGAGCAGAUGGACGAGGUCUUUAAGGAUACCUCUGCUCAGGAGGAGAAGGAGAUUAUCAGGCAGCAGAUUGCCGCUUCCCGCGGGCUAUCACGGGGUGGUAUGGAGAGCACAAAGCUCUCCGUUUGA